AUGGGAAGCGUCGCUCUCCGGAGGGCGGGCCGGGCGCGUACCCGCGGCGCGGAGCCUGCCGGAAGCCGGCGAGCUGGGUCGUCCGUGCGGCUGUGCGUACGCGGUGGGCGCAGCAGGAUGGCAAAACAGAAGAGAAAAGGUCCUGAAGUGACGGAGAAAAAGAGCAAAAAGCGGAAGCAGCUGUUGACAGGAGAGAUGCCGAGGGUACCUGAAGCCAGGCCGAGUGAGGAGGCAGCCAGUUCCAAGACCUUGGCAGCCAGCAAGGUGCCUGAAGCUGUGUCCGAGCUGUCGUCAGAGGAGAGGAGAGUCCUGGAGAGAAAGCUGAAGAAGGAACGGAAGAAAGAGGAGAAGAAACGGCUGCGGGAGGCAGGCAUCACUGCUGCUCAGACGGCCAAGGUCCAGACCCCACCGGCCAGGCCCUCAGCCGCCGCGCUGGCCCUGGACUACCUGCGCGGGUGGGCCCAGAAGCAGGACAGCUGGAGAUUCCAGAAGACGAGGCAGACGUGGCUCUUGCUGAACAUGUACGACAAGGACAAGGUUCCUGAUGAGCACUUCUCCACCCUGCUGGCCUACCUGGAGGGGCUGAAGGGCAGUGCCCGCGCGCUGACCGUGCAGAAGGCCGAAGCCCUGAUGCAGGAGCUCAAGGAGGCCGACGCCCCGGGGAAGGCGCUGCGCCUCCGGCAGGUGCUGCAGCUGCUCUCGUAGCACGUGGCGAGCGCGUCCUUCGUGGGCGGCGCCAGGAGCAAGGCUUCCAGCAGCCAGGCUGAAUGGAGGCUGAGAACCUUCAGGGUGGGGUCUGGUCUCCCCAAAACAGCCCCAGGAUGCUGCUCUCACCCACAAGCCUCAACGUGGCUGUCAACAAGAUGUCUAUUUUUCUACCAGAUAUCUUAGAAACUGACCAGUGCUGGUCCUCCCUGCCAGCAGAGGGCUCCCCAGUGUGGCCAGGCUGCAACACACCCAUCUCCCCCUCUUCACCCAGCCUGACAGUGGGGGUCCCCUCUGGGGGGCUGCUGUCAGGAUCCUGAGCUUGCUCACCUGCAUUUUCAAUAAAGGCCAGGGAAGCAGA